AGCAUCGACGUGCGCGCGCCUGGACUCUUAACGACUUUCUACCUCACGAAACGUCGCGUCCCCUUGUAAACUCGAAACACUGAAAGUGUGUGUGAACUGGUCCAAGUUCAACUAUUAAACAGCAUAAUUGGACGUUUUGUUUAAAACUCGUUUCCAAAUGUCCAUGUUUGUUUCCCAGCAAUACGGAGUUUUGAACAUCUGCGGGUUUUGAGCGCCUCUCUUCUUCGUUUCAUUCGAGAUGGCAAAGGCUUGGACUUUAUAUCCUUGAACGUCACAGUUUACAAGACACUGAGUCACUGUCAAGGUGUGGAGCAUGUGGGCCAGCUGCUGCGGCUGGCUAUGUCUGGAUGAUUCCAGUAUGGAAGACACCAGAGGAAGCCAACAGCGCCAGGCCUUCACGAACUCAGGCUUCAGCAGUUACCCGUCUCCCACUGCACCAGAACACACAUGCAAGUCCUGUGGAGGUCGCUUCGACAGUUUAACCAGGAAGCACGUGUGCAUGGACUGCAAGAAGAGCUACUGCAGCCAGUGCUCCACUCAGCAGGAGCUCCAGCCGUGGCUGUGCCGCACCUGCCAGCGUUUCCGCGGCAUCUUGUUGGAGCGAGCAGAACUCAUGAAGCUCAAGGUGAAGGAUCUCAGGGACUACCUUCACCUGCACGGCGUCCCGACGCAGAUGUGCCGUGAGAAGGAGGAGCUGGUCGAGCUGGUUCUCGGCCAGCAGACGCCCACGUCUGACACGCACAUUCCAGCCCCAGAAACCACACGCUUAGACCAGCAGGAGACCCUGGACACUCCCGUCAUUACAGUGAGCCCGUCAGGGAACAACAACACAACAGAACUGGGACCACAAACACAAGCCAUGGACAAUGGACAGAGCUUGGCUGAGGUGACAGCUGAGAGCGAGAUGGACACUGAGCUGCAGAUGGAGCAGGAGCAGUUUUCAGACUCAGAGGAAGUUUUGGCUCCUGGCCGACGGGCGUCUCUCUCAGACCUAGGAUCAGUGGAGGAUAUUGAGGAUUUAAGUGUCCGGCAGUUGAAGGAGAUUCUAGCCCGAAACUUUGUCGACUACAAGGGCUGCUGUGAGAAAUGGGAGUUGAUGGAGAGGGUCACCCGCCUGUACAACGACCAGAAGGACCUGCAAAACAUGGUGUCUAAUGCUACAGAAGGCACAGACACUGGCUCUGGGACGGCCGUGGAGGAGAACCUCUGUAAGAUCUGUAUGGACUCACCCAUCGACUGUGUGCUUCUGGAGUGCGGACACAUGGUCACGUGCACAAAGUGUGGCAAACGCAUGAGCGAAUGUCCCAUCUGCCGACAGUACGUGGUGCGGGCAGUGCACGUGUUCAGAUCCUGAACAACAUUUUCCAUUCUCGGAGAUCUUCCCCUGAUCAACAGAUACUGUAGAAAACCAUCAUGUGGCCUUUAAAUCUUGCACAGUUUAUCCUGUGGCACUUUAUAUGUGAUAAUGACUGAGACGCGCAAAUCUCAAACCAAUAACUGCGCUGGUUUUACUUUCAUUUCUUCAAAAGUGCGUCUUCUGGAUAUUUUGAAGAGGAAGAAGCUGUUCGUAAUCAUGGAUCACAUGUUUGUUAGAUGACAAAAAUCAGUGCAGCAAUAAUGCCCAUUUCUGCUAUUGGUAGGAUCAUAUGAAUGUUAUAAGCACAGAUAGCAUCUUCAGAAAGUGCCUUGCAUGUCACUGCCCUGCUGCUUUUAAUACACCUGUUUAUCAAGCACUCCUUUUCAAAAUAAUCGUUUCUUUUAGAUCCAAAACACUGGCGCUCAGGUUGAGUCUAUCCAGGCUGACACGGUGAAAAUGUGCUGGCAGGAAUUAGACCUGCUACACCAGUCUUGUGAGGUUUUAAGAUCACAUGAGCAACGGCAGGUAGUUGGAAUUGCUGACAAGAGUGUUUGAGACUGAGACAGUUGAAAUGUGUAAAACACGACUGUUUUGCGCACAAAAUAAGAUCAAAAUAAUGUUUAAAUGCAGACGAAUCUGAAGCUUUUAAUUUUCUAUAUAUAAAAGAGCAGUGCUGUCAAACUCUUUAGUUUAUUAGUGAACAGACAACCUAUUCAACCCUUCAGUCCUCAUUGGGUUGUCAAAAAGUUUGUUUGUUAGUCAUUCAUUCUCUGCUGCUUUUCUGGGGCCGGGUUGCGGGGGCAGCAGUCUUAGGAGAGAACCCCAGACUUCCCUCUCCCCAGACACUUCCUUCAGCUCCUCCAGGGGGAUCCCGAGGCGUUCCCAGGCCAGCCGAGGGGCAUAGUCCCUCCAGCGUGUCCUGGGUCUACCUCGAGGCCUCCUCCUGGAUGGACAUGCCUGGAACACCUCCCUAGGUAAGCGUCCAGGAGGCAUCCGAAACAGAUGCCAGAGCCACCUCAGCUGACUUCUCUCGAUGUUGAGGAGCAGCGGCUCUUCUUCGAGCUCCUCCCGGGUGUCAGAGCUCCUCACCCUAUCCAUAAGAGUGUGGCCUGCCACCCUUCGAAGGAAACUCACUUCGGCCGCUUGUGUCCUUUAGGUCAUGACCCAAAGCUCAUGACUAGCAGUAAUGUGGUUGGUGUACCGGUCCGACUGAGCCGAAAGGCAAAGCUUUCGAUUUACCGGUCAAUUCCUACUCUCACCUAUGGUUUGUAAGUUAGUCACAGAUAAUAUUUUGACCAUUAAAGCCUUAUUAAAUGUUAUUUGUGAAUCGUAGGCAGUGUUUCAGCAAUUUCUGGCUCCGUCAGGUAGCUGAAAUAUUUGUUCAAAUUGAGCAAAUGAUAUUUAAACCGCUUCAGUCUUUGUUAGGUCGUUGAAAUGCCGUUUGUUAAUUGAAGAUAUGUGUUUUAGUCUUAAGUACUCAGAACGCUGUUUGUUUAUUGUACACAAAUGUUUUGUUCCUUUCAAUCCUCUUUGGGUUGUAAAAACAAUGUUAAUCAUAGAUUAAAAAAAUUAUAUUUGAACUUUU